GAGACGACUGUACCUUUUAUCAAAGUGUCGAGUCAUUCAAUUUUGAUAAAUCAAUAAUAAUGUAACGUACCGAAACAUCUGUAUGAGGUAACAAAUAUUUAUCAAUUCCGCGUGUUGACAACGAAAUUAUUCAAGAAGGCAGUAUCGUUCAAAAUUUGUUUCAAGGCGCUCGUAUCUUCCGAUCUCUUUAAAGAUGGCGAAGCUGGUAACGAUACUAGCAGCGGUAGUCGCAGUGGUAAUAGCAUGGAAUUUACUAAGCCCUAGUCCUAAACAACCAGUCCUCGACCCUGAAGAGUGGUGGGGGCCAAUGGAGAUGAAGGGGAAACAGGACACGAGCAUACGACCGUUUACCAUUAAAUUUGAAGACGCGAUGAUCAAAGAUCUAAAGCAACGCUUAAAGUCACAUCGUCCUUUGACACCGCCUUUAGAAGGCAUCGCUUUUGAAUACGGAUUUAACACCAAAGAAUUGGAAGGCUACUUGAAGUACUGGGCUGAGGAGUAUCCUUUCAAAGAGAGGGAAAAGGCGCUGAAUCAGUUCCCGCAGUUUAAAACAAACAUUCAGGGACUCGAUAUUCACUUUGUAAGGGUAACACCAAAGGUACCCGCAGGAGUAACCGUCGUUCCAUUGUUAAUUCUUCACGGCUGGCCGGGGUCUGUCAGAGAGUUCUAUGAAGUCAUCCCCUUGUUGACGAAGCAAAGACCAGGACAUGACUUCGUGUUUGAAGUUAUUGCGCCCAGUAUGCCUGGAUUCGGAUUUUCUGAUGGUGCAGUACGGCCAGGGGUUGGACCAGCGCAGAUCGCAGUGAUUUACAGAAACCUUAUGCAAAGACUUGGCUUCAAUAAGUUCUAUAUUCAAGGCGGGAACUGGGGAUCCGGUAUCGCAGCUGCAAUGGAUACUUUCUACCCUGAAGCAGUACUCGGACAUCAUGACAAUGGAGUAUUUAUUCAAUCAGGUGCCGCAACGCGUAAGAUGAUCCUCGGCGCGUUCUUCCCAUCGCUUGUUGUAGAGCCACAUCUAGCUGACCGAUUGUAUCCUCUAUCUUGGCUUUUCUCAUAUGCUAUGGAGGAAUUCGCCUAUCUACAUUUACAUGGGACUAAACCUGACACUGUCGGAGUUAGUUUAUCAGACUCUCCAUCUGGUCUGGCUGGCUAUAUCCUGGAGAAAUUCUCUACCUGGACCAACCGCGCUCAUCGUUCCCUCCCCGACGGCGGACUUAAGAAGUUCAGUAAAGAACAGCUCAUUGAUAACUUGAUGAUUUACUGGACUUCUAACUCCAUUAAUAGUGCGAUCAGAAUAUACGCGAAUGCUCUCAGCAGGAAGUAUACUGAAAUGGAUUUGGAUUCCUACCCCACCAAUGUACCGACAUGGGUGAUGCAAACAAAACACGAACUAUUCUACAUGCCUCCCAGCAUAAUCGAGACAAAGUUCACAAAUGUUUUGAACUACACCGUCUUGGACUAUGGAGGGCACUUCAUAGCCUUGGAAAUGCCUGAAGUAUUAGCUGAUGAUCUCUUCAAAGCUGUUAAAGCGUUCCGAAAUUGGCAUAAAAAUAACAAAACGAAACUGUAAUUGUGGUUUAAUACUUUUUUAAUGAAUAAAUGUUUUUUAAUCACU